AAAGAUAUCACUUCCUCUUUCAAUAAUAAUUGGCUAUUUUAUUGUUAUUAAGCUUCUAUAAAUGUAGAUUGUAGAAUUAACAGUGCUUACACUUCAGACACCUCUUUGUAUAUGAAUAUGAGAGAAAGUAUCAGUGUUAUAAAUGAGGAAGCAUGUUCCGUUUUCUGACAAAAAUCUGUUCUUACCAAAUUCGGAAUGCCACAAAUGUCUCUGUUCAAUCCGACUGACUGGAUUUAAUCAUACUGCUGCUUUCUCUCUGCUCAGUGUUUGUGGAUUGUGAAGGUGAGCAAGUAUGGAAGAGGAGUUGUGCUAUUCAACAGUCUGCUUUAAGCCAUUUGACAAUCAGAAAUCUACAGUGCCACAGCUAGAGGAGUCUGUAUUGUAUGCGGAGGUGAAAAGAAAACAAUCAACUUCACAGACACCUCCUGAGACCUCAGCAAAAGAUGCUGCCACCCCAAUCCUUUCAGCGUACAGACGAGCUACAGUGUUUCUGGGGCUGCUCUGCUUCCUCCUGCUUGCUGUGUUAACAGCUGUCGGCGUUUUCAACUACAUUCACAUGUCUAAAUACAACAAUAUUCUGGCCCAGCACACUCAAGCGAAAGCCACCAAUCUGCAACUACUGGCAGACAAGGAAGUGCUGGAGCGAGAGAGAGCUAGGCUGACGACACAGGGUGAACAGAUGAAUAGCACACUGGACGUCAUACUGAAAAAAAGCAGCUUUUUAGUGGAUGAGUACUGUCAGUCCACUGGAAACGGAGUCCAGUGUACACCUUGUCCUCAAAAGUGGAUUCAGAAUGGCUCCAGCUGUUACUAUUUCAAUGAAGACUGGCCCUGGAAAACGUGGACAGGGAGUCAAGAAUACUGCAAGGGAUAUGGAGCUCAGCUGGCCAUAAUAGACAGUGUGGAGGAACAGGAAUUCAUCAAUCAGCAGACCGAAUCAUAUUAUGACAAAUAUCAUGGGUACUGGAUCGGACUCUCUGAAAAGGACAAAGAAACUUGGGUCUGGACCACUGGAGCUGAACUUGAGGGAGGAUUCUGGGUCAAUGCCCCCUCGAAAGGAUACAUGGAAUGCGUUCUGUCAAUGGCCAGCAAAAACCCACUGAAAAGCUGGAUAUCAACAAGUUGUUACAUGAGGAAUAGAUGGAUCUGCGAAGUGGACGUUUUAACAUGGCCAACCUUCCUUCAAGCCCAACAAAACCAAAGUGGCCCCUCAACAUGAGCAGAAGACAGAACAAAAGACAACGAUCUCAAGAAUAAUUUUAUUUCCAAAAUCAGUUGAAGUUUGAUUUGCUAGCAAUGUUUCAAGUUACAGCGCCAAGAGAGACACACAUACUGUAGGUAAAUGACUUAUGCACCAUUCUUCCCGUCUGUCAAACAACAUCCAACUUUAUUGUGACUGAAUAAAUACUUCAGCCACACAAAUCACUCCAAGCUGUUCACAGUUCAUCACAUUUUUGUAAUUGUCGAUAUGCUAUUUAAUAUGCAUUACACAAAUGUAUCGCAAAUCAGUCCAAUAAAAACAUUUAAUCUCACCUGUGGGUCUCAAGCUUUAAAAAUUGACCAUGAUUUGUAAGAAUAAAUAUGAGUGCUGCAUAACAAACGUGAUCUGAAGUCUCUCAGCUAAUAGUCUGUUACUGAAGAAUUGAUCCUAGCAUUUCAGCAGCAGCCCAGAUUCUGAUCUACUUAUUGUGUUUGUAGCGAGUUUGGUAGAAUGCAAGUUAACUCUUUGCUUUUUUUUUGUUUUUG